CCUGGGGAAAGGGUGAUGUUUAAUGGCCGCCCCCUCACAUUGGAGUCCUCGCAAUCAUAGAUCCAUCAUCAACGGAAACGCUCUCAUCAUGGAAACCACCUACCUCCAGACUGCCCUCCUUGACGCCCCCUGCAGAGGGUGUAAUUACUGAGGGAGGGGCAGUAUUACUGAGACCAUCUUGCCUGUGAAGAAGAGAAAAAAAACACACAAAACAUGUAGUGUACCUCUCUGCAAGUAGGGGGGAGGGUCUGCAUUUUAGUCUGAUUUAUGUUUAAUUUAUUUUCAGUUUAUUUUUAUCUCCGCAACAGAUUUGUGUAAGCUUGUUAAGAGCGUGUAUGUCGGUGUGGACAUAGCGUGUGGAGAAAGUGACAGAGAGAAAUAAAGAGAGAGAAAGGAGGGAAGAGAUGGUCCUCCACACCACCCCUUACUCCAGUGCCUGUCUGCACUUCCUGGAUGGCCUGUCGUGGAGCCUGGUGUUCCCCUGCUACUGGCUCCUGGACCAGCUGCUGGCCUCCUGCGUGGCCACCUCUCUGGAGAAGCGUCAACGCUCCCAGGACCCCUGCUCCUUCCUCACCCUAUGUGUGCUGAUCACCGCACCCCUUUACCUGCUCCUCUUUCUCGCCUCCCUGCCCUUCGCCCUGCUGGGUUUCUUCAUUUGGGCUCCCCUGCAGGCCGUCCGCCAGCCGUACCUGUACACCUACCGCAGACCAGACAAACACCAGGCCGAGCAGGGCCAGGCCGGGCCGGCGGGUGUCGGGGAAUGGAGGCCCCAGGGACGAAGCUUCUGUUUCUGCAGCGCCAACGUUUGCCUGCUGCCCGACUCCUUGGCCAGGUUCAACAAUCUGUCAGACACCCACCGGAGGGCCCGCGAGGUCGGGAAGAGGAUCCGCAACGGAGCCAGUCGCCCUCAGAUCAAAAUCUACAUCGACUCACCGACCAACACUUCCAUCAGUGCGGUCUCCUUCAGCAGCCUUGCCACAGGGUUCCGCCGUACCUCCUCUCUGGACCAGCGUCCGGACCAAACAUACACCACCAACGGUCCGGCCGACACAGAAACAGAACCCCCCACCGAGUGCCCAAUCCACCCCUCAGGUGCCCCAGACUGCCCCGUCCACCCCUCUACAGGAGACCAGGGUUCCUCUGACUGCCCCCUGCACCCAGAGGGAGAGGACACGGCGGCGGACUGCCCGCUCCACUCCGCAGAGACCAACGGCAGCUCAGACUGUCCUGUCCACGCCCCGGGGGAGGGUCCGGACUGCCCCCUGCAUACUACAGGGCCUCAGAGUGGCCAUCAUGACUGUCCCAUGCAUGGGGAAGGGACCCCGACCAAACCUUCCUCAGAUUGUCCUGUUCACACCUCAGGGGUUCAGAUCAGCAUCAGCGCCCCAGAGCCAGACCCUCAGGAGGAGGAGGCUGAGACAGGGAACCACUGGGGUGGGGAGCCGGCGGGGGGAGACACGGGCAGCAUGACUGCCUCCAGGGAGUCCCUCACCCGUUACCAUGGCGGUGACGGUGUAGGGAUAUCUUCCAACAACACUCUCUCUCACGUCCCUCGCACGUCAGUCUCUAAGCGCCCUGGGAGAAAACGUCGCCACGGAGACGAGACGUUCGACCACGAGAUCUCCGCCUUCUUCCCAGCCAACUUGGAUUUUCUGGCUCUACAGGAAGUGUUCGACCACGGAUCAACCACUAAACUGCGGCAGCAGUUGCAUCGCUACUUCCCCUACGUGCUGAGCGAUGUGGGCCGCUACGGCUGGAAAGGAUGCUGCUCCAGGUUCAAGUUCCUGAACAGUGGGCUGAUGCUGGCCAGCCGGUACCCCAUCCUGGACGCUCACUUCGAGUGCUACCCCAACGGGAGGGCGGAGGACGCUCUAGCAGCCAAGGGCGCGCUGUUUGUCAAG